AUGGCGGCAGCAAAACGAGUAGAACAAGAUACCCCUGACGAGGAAACACCAUUGGUUCAACAAGACCCACGUUACAUUCCAAAGGAUAAGAUUGAAUACGAAUUUGGUGGUCCUGUUGGUGCUUUGGGUAUGAUGGUUGGGUUCCCAUUAUUGAUGUGGUAUAUGUGGAUCUGUGCUAGAUUCAAUAAUGGUAAAUUUGCUUACCCAACCGAUGGACAAUCAUGGAAAGAUUUUAUAAUUGAUGAUUUGUAUAGCAAUUGGUAUGAAUAUGGUAUUCCAACUUUUGGAAAUUGGGCAUAUUUCACUGGAUUCAUGAUCAUUCAAGCACUUUUUUACGUCACCUUACCUGGUGUGUGGACUAAAGGUCAACCAUUGACUCAUUUGAACAAUAAACAAUUGCCUUAUUUCUGUAAUGCUAUUUGGUCAUUCUAUACCACUAUUGGAGUUUUGUUGGCAUUGCAUUUCACUGGGAUUUUACCAGUUUAUUACAUGUUGGAUAAUGUCGGUGCUAUUAUGACCACUGCCAUUGUUUAUGGUAUUCUGUUGUCAAUCAUCUUGUAUGUUAUUUGUCUUAAAGUAACUGGUGAUUACCAUCGUAUGACUGGUAACCACAUCUAUGACAUGUUUAUGGGAGCACCAUUGAAUCCAAGAAUUGGUAAAUAUUUGGAUUUGAAAAUGUUCUUUGAAGUUAGAAUUCCUUGGUUUAUUUUAUUCAUGUUAUCCUUCGGUUUAUGUUUUAAACAAUACGAAACUUAUGGAUACGUCAGCCCACAAGCAGCAUUUAUGCUUUAUGCCCACUGGUUAUAUGCCAAUGCUUGUGCCAAAGGUGAAGAAUUAAUUGUUCCAACUUGGGAUAUGGCCUAUGAAAAGUUUGGUUUUAUGUUAUUGUUCUGGAAUAUUGCCGGUGUUCCUUUCAGUUAUUGUCAAUGUAUUUUAUUUAUUGCUUAUCAAGAUCCAGAAACUUAUCGCUGGUCAACUGGCUACAAUGUAUUUUUGUUUGUGUUGAUUUCAGUAGCUUAUUAUUUCUUUGAUACUGGUAAUCGUCAAAAGAACAGUUUUAGAAGAACCAUGGCUGGUAACUCACAAUUGCGUAAGACUUUCCCAUACUUGCCAUAUUCUGAUUUGGUAAAUCCAAAAUACAUCAAAUGUGCCAAUGGAUCUCUUUUAUUAACUGAUGGAUGGUAUGUUUAUGCCAGAAAGAUGCAUUACACUGCUGAUUAUAUUCAAACUUUGACUUGGGCAUUGAUGUGUGGAUUUGCUUCUCCAUUCCCUUGGUUCUUCCCAAUUUUCUUCUUCAUUGUUUUAGUUCAUAGAGCUUACAGAGAUCAAAGAAAAUGUGCUAAGAAAUACGGUGCUGAUUGGGACAGAUACUUAGAAGCUUGUCCUUAUAUGUUCAUUCCUUAUGUUUGGUAA